GUUAUUAUCACAUUUCACCUCCUUUCACCUCUUGCGGCGGCUGUAGCUUCUCCUCCGCCCUGAGGUACGAAUCUGAAAAAUUGCCUUUCUUAAUAUUCAGACCUUUUGCCAAUCUCACAAACCAGCCAUGGUUUUGAAUUUUCAUGUUCCCAAACUGCAAGAAAGAAGAGUGAUUUCGUUGUUUUCUUAUCUCUUUGAAAGUAUUAUCUAGUUGAUACCAAAAUUUGGCUUUGGAAGAAAAUUGUUUGAAAUCUUUUUGCAUCAAUGGAUUUGCUACGAAGAACAUAUUAGUACAACGAAGAAUCACAAAAUUCUAAACUAUUUGGUGCAAACAAUUUUGAAAAGUGAAGGUUUGUUGUUUAUAUCUUUUCGCUCAUAAUGAAAUUUUGCAUUAUCUUUGUGAUUUUUUCCCUAAGAUUGAUGUGUAAUUCUCUUCCCCUCUCUCUCCGCCAUCAAGUCACAUUACAUUGGAUGGGUUCUCAUCACAGUUGGUUCACAUUAGAUUGGAUGUGUUCUCAACACAGUUGAUUGGUGAAGUAGAGUAGAUAGAAUGGGUUCCCAAUCUCCUAUGUUUUUUUAUCUGAUUCUGAAAAUUUCAACUGUCUUUGAAUCUAGAAUUUCAGCCAAUUAGUCAAAAGGAAAAUCCAAAACCAUUAAAAAGUUCUUAACUAACGAACAAGAUGAAAGAUGAAAUUCCAUUAUUGCAGCAGGGAAGACGAUAAUUAGUACUAGGAAUUUGAUGAUGGGUAAUUGUGUCAUUUCAUAUUAAAUUUGCACCGGAUGCUAAAAGUUGUUUUGGCAGAAUGAUCUGCCAAAUUUAAUAGGCAUACAUAUGUAGGUACUGUAUAAUAUCAGUACGUUUGGUCUGUCCGAAAUUUAAUAAUAAUAGAGCAUUAUAUCCCAACACGAGAAACGCGCGAACAGCGACCUUUAUUUGCUAGUGCUUGGCUUUUUUGCUGCAUUUCCAUUUGAAAAAAUACAAUAAAUUAUUUUUUUGAGACGAUUAAAAUAAGUAACGUAUCAAACCUUCCAAAUGGUUAGUAAGAAAAAAGGUUUGAGAGAGGCAAGUAGAACACAGAUGAAACCAGAAACCGGAAUCUUUGGACUAUAACCCGCUUCCUCUCCAACUAAUUACCUGCCAUUUCCAACUUCCAACCAGACAUACAAACACUUUCCGGAUUUUCCAAUGUCAUUAUAUACUCCAAAUUUAACCCCAACUCCAAAAUUAGUUUGAAACAAAAGAUACUCCGUGUACAUCUCUGGAUUAAUGAAAACAAAACCAUCUCAGAGUUUUUAAUGAACAAAUAAUUGUCGUGAAUGAAGACACCUCAGAGUGUGUUAAAAGGAUUACAAUGAACAAGUAAUUGUCGUGAGGUUUUGCUUUCAAAUCGAAUGAAGACACUUCAAAGUGCGUUAAAAGGAUCACGAAACAUAAAAAAUCACUUACUAAUGAAGGAAUCGAGUCUGUGUGCUAGUGAUUAAAACAUUAUAUUUUUAACUACGAGAUUAAAGAUUCGAUUCUUACCACUUAUACGGAAAGCAAGUACCUAAAGGAGAAAACAGAUAGUUUACCGAUAAGAACAGUCAGUUUAAACAGGUAAGAAACCUGCAAUUAUCAACAAAGGAAGACCGAACAUAUAGUUCAAAAUCAAUAGACUUUACCCCGUUAUAGUUUAUGUAUUUUUAAAAUACCAAUUGGUGCGGCUAAAAUUUUUUUACUAAUGAAUGGGUAGUUGUUCUUUGUUGUGCAUUAAAUUCAAUUCAAAUUUAUGGUACGAUACAGUAUUUAGCCGCUCUAUUUGGAAAAAAGGUCGAACCAUUUUUAAACAAUUCAUUCACUCUCUUUCUCUCUCCCUACCCAAUCAAUGAUUAUUUUCCAUAAAACCCAAUUAUAAAUUCCCACCACUGCAUCAGUCUAGCAAUUCCGGUCUCCCAAAAAACCCCCCACAAAAAUAAAACGCUCCAUCAAAUCACCACCAAGACGGGCCGUCCGCCACCACCACCCGCCGGAGAUGGCUCGAACGCCGAGGUGCUGUUCUUGUUCACCCAAGUGCUUACUAAUCUUCUUCCUACUAUCCGCCAUCCCAAUCGGGUACUUGAUCCACCUCGAAACCACCAAACCGGCCGGCCACGUGUUCGAGUACUACAGCCCCGGUUGGAUGAGGGAGUGUUCUAAGUGGGACCAUCUCAACGGCCGUUUCGUCGUCUCUUUCUUCGACGGCGGCAUGGGCGUCGUCCCGGUAUCGUCGGAUUCCGACAAGAAGUUGGAGGAAAUCACGGUGGUGAAGGAGGCGGACUUGGCCGGAAACGCUUCGCUCGGGUUCGCCAUUGACGGGUCGAGGAACCGGGUUCUGGUGGCCAUCGCGGAUAUGUUCGGGAAUAAAUACAGUGCGCUGGCGGCCUACGAUCUGUCUACGUGGACACGCAUUUUCCUGACUCAACUUAGUGGCCCAGAUGAUGAGAAAGCAUUUGCAGACGAUGUUGCAGUGGAUGAAGAGGGCAAUUCAUAUGUUACGGAUCCAAAAGCGAGCAAGAUAUGGAAAGUCGGUCCCAAUGGUGAGUUCUUAGGCACCAUCAGGAACCCGCUCUUCAACCCAGAUGGAUGGGCGAACAAGCUGGUGGGAUUGAAUGGGAUCGUCUACCAUCCCAACGGCUACUUGUUAGUCAUCCACACCUUUGCCGGAAAGCUAUACAAGAUAACCAACAUCGGGAGUGGCAAUGGCAUUGCUCAAGUAGCGGUUGAGUUGGUUAAUAUUGUGGAAGGAGGUUCUCUCAAAUUUGGAGAUGGCUUGCAACUGUUGUCUCCCACGAAACUUGUUGCAGCAGGUAACCCUACCAGAUUGGUCGAAUCCACUGAUGAUUGGGCGACAGCAAAGGUCUUACGUUCGAUCAAAGGCGCGAGUCACCGGAUUGUCACGGCAGCUACCGUGAAAGAUGACAAGGUUUACCUAAACCACAUGUUUGGGUUAGGUUACCCUAAGAGAAAACACAUACUACUUGAAGCCGUUUUCUGAGAACUGGGGGUAAGAGUAAAACCAUAUAGUUUCCGGGCCAUGCUAGCUAGAAAAUGUGCAAUGCCAUUUUGGAAAAAUGGAAAAGGUACAGUUUCCACAAAAAAAUAAAUUUAGACUUAAUUUUCUUCAAGGGUUCCACAUUUACAGAGUACCACUACAAUUGAGCUUUUCAUAGUUCAUCUUUUGUGUGGGUUUCAAAUGUUACGUUUUGAUUCUUGUAGUGUCUGUAAUUAUUUUCCCAAAGUUAAGAAUGAUGCAAACAUGGUUCAUUGUACAAGUUAUUGUAAGAUCUGUUUCUAUGUUUGACUAAGAUGGCA